GCAGCCGGUCGGUCCACGGUGUUGAGGACAGAAAACACAACAAUGGACACAACCUGCGACCUGACAUUUGCAUAUUAGAGCGCCACCUCCUCCUCAGCGCGGGGCCGGGUGGUUUAGCGGAGUUAAAGCUCGACUUUGCUACGCGGCACCGGCGUGACUGUGGAGUUUGAAGACGUGACCUGGAGGCUGUGGUCGAUAUCAUCCAGCUGCCUGCCGGUGACAUAAGGUGUCUCUCUGUGAAUGUACACGUUGAGCAAAGUGCAAGGUCCCCUCCGAGCAACAGAUAUGAGCCGCGACCAGCUGUAGCCGACUGCUCCUCACCUUUACCUCCUCAGCUACCUUCAAUGUGCCUUUUUACUCUUUCUUUUUUUAUGAGCUAGUUUUUACAUUUGCACCGAAGAUGUCGUGCCUGUUGCUGGGAGUCAUACGAAGACAUGGUGGUGUUGGGGCGAGUGUUGGGGUUCGGUCCCUGGCCUCCAUCCCCUCGCUGCCCCCUGCGGUGGCCGAUUUUGUGAAGGGGGCAGUGGAUGAAUGUAAGCCCGCCAAUGUGCAUGUGGUGACGGGGACGCCGGAGGAGACGGCAAACAUCCUGGCAGGUCUGGAGAAGGAGGGGAUGGUCAAGAAGCUUCCCAAAUAUGAGAACUGUUGGUUGGCACGCACAGACCCAAAGGACGUGGCUCGGGUGGAAAGCAAGACUGUGAUUGUGACCAAGAGCCAGAGGGACACCAUCCCCAUACCUGCUGGAGGGGCGAAGAGCCAGCUGGGUAGCUGGAUGAGCGAGUCUGACUGGCAGAAAGCCAGAGUGGAACGAUUCCCUGGCUGCAUGGCAGGUCGAACCAUGUAUGUGAUUCCCUUCAGUAUGGGUCCUGUAGGCUCCGCUCUGUCUAAAUACGGUGUCCAGGUGACAGAUUCACCAUACGUUGUGGCCAGUAUGGGCAUCAUGACGCGCAUGGGCACUCCUGUCCUGAACAAACUGGCUGAAGGAGAGGACUUUGUCCGUUGUCAGCACACUGUUGGACGACCUUUACCACUCAAAGCUCCACUGGUCAACUCGUGGCCCUGUAAUCCAGAAAAGGUGCUGAUAUCUCACCUUCCAGACCACAGGCAGAUUAUGUCCUUCGGCAGUGGCUAUGGAGGAAAUUCUCUCUUGGGGAAGAAGUGCUUCGCCCUCCGUAUCGCCUCCCGCAUCGCCAAGGAUGAAGGCUGGCUGGCCGAACACAUGCUGAUCCUCGGUAUCACCAACCCUCAGGGAGUGAAGCGUUAUGUCGCGGCAGCUUUCCCCAGUGCCUGCGGUAAAACCAACUUGGCCAUGAUGAAACCAUCUUUACCAGGCUGGAAGGUCGAGUGUGUGGGCGACGACAUUGCAUGGAUGAAGUUUGACAGCCAGGGUAAACUGAGAGCCAUCAACCCCGAGAACGGUUUCUUUGGCGUGGCUCCUGGCACCUCAGACAAGACCAACCCCUACGCCAUGGCCACAAUUGCCAAAAACACUGUGUUCACCAAUGUUGGUGAAACCAGUGAUGGAGGAGUGUGGUGGGAGGGCCUGGACCCCCCUGCAGCUGGUGUCACGCUCACGGACUGGCAUGGCAAAACCUGGAAGCAAGGAAGCUCAACUCCAUGUGCCCAUCCCAAUUCCCGCUUCUGUGCUCCGGCUGGUCAGUGUCCCAUCAUUGAUCCCCAGUGGGAGAGCGAGGAGGGCGUUCCCAUUGACGCCAUUAUCUUCGGUGGCAGGAGGCCAGAAGGAGUCCCUUUGGUCUACGAGUCUUUCAACUGGAAACACGGGGUCUUUGUUGGAGCCGCCAUGAGGUCAGAGGCCACGGCAGCUGCUGAGCAUAAAGGUAAGGUGAUUAUGCACGACCCCUUUGCCAUGAGGCCCUUCUUCGGUUACAACUUUGGUGACUACCUCGCUCAUUGGCUGAGCAUGGAGAGCCGAAAGGCCCCCACUCAGCUGCCCAAAAUCUUCCACGUCAACUGGUUCAGAAAGGACCCCGCGACCGGCGCAUUCCUCUGGCCAGGCUUUGGGGAAAAUGCCCGUGUCCUAGAGUGGAUCUUCAAGCGCUGCAACACAGAGAGGGAGGAGGAAGCAGCCAAGAAGAGCAUCAUUGGCUGGCUGCCAGAAAAUGACGCCAUUGACACCAAAGGUCUGGGAGGCAACGUGGAUAUGGGUGCUCUGUUCGACGUGCCCAAGCCUUUCUGGCAGAAUGAGACGAAGGAGCUGAGAGCCUACUUCACUCAGCAAGUCGGAGCUGAUCUGCCCGCUCAGGUGGAGGCUGAGCUGAAGGCACUGGAGGAUAGAGUGCACAGUUAAAACCCUACUGACAGGAAGGUCCUCCAGAACCAGGGAAGGAUAUAGACCAUUAGGGUGCAAUCAGAGUCACUGGCUGGGUUAACGUACGCAGGGAAUUUGGUUCAGGUUAGGUUUUAUCCAUGUAGACAUAAAAACUGAGAUUGGACAACCAGGAUGAAAUACUUAACAGGUCACAGCAGCGUAGAAACACCCCAUUCCUCUUUGGUUUCAGUGUUGAACGUGUACUCCAAUGCAUCCAAAAAGCAGUAGCUAGCAUGAGAGCUUAUUAUUUCUUGGCAACCACAUUUUGGUCAGCAACUUCCUCUGUGUAUGAAAACACAGUCAGUGACUCUCGUCUUUCUCUUUCAUGAAGAGAAAUCUGUUUGGAAAAAAAUGUCAGAAAUGGAAUUGGAGGAGAAGCUAGUAAUCUAGAAUGCAAUACCAACUUUUGGACACUACUACUAGGGAGGAGGUCUGACUCUCAACAUCAAGGUUAGAUUUCAGACUUGUCGUUUAGAGAAGCUCAUGUCACUACCUCCGUUCACUCAGAGGACCUGGCACAGUACUAAAGCACAAUCAACAUGGCUCAGUAGUGCCUGUGACAGAUAUGACAGUACAGUGUCCAGGCUGCUAAUGUUUACAAGCUAAAGCCCAAAGAGUAGAUGAAGUUUUAAUUUUUUUUACUUAUGUGAAUUUUAGCACCAACUUUUUCUCUCAUUAAAUGGCCUUUUUUUAGAUUGUGCCUAUGUCAAAUAUCCUUUAACUACACAAAAUAUGGUAGCAGUUUUCCCGUGAGCCUGUGGAUUACUGUGCAUAAUUCAUCUUGCCACUUUGUCGAAAUGUUUUGUGAUUAAGCUGUAUGAUUACAGGUGAUGUUUACACACAAUAUGUGAAAUGUUGGACCAAUAAAUGCUACCGAGAUUAUUAGGUAUUUUUAGAAGUUCUAUGCCAAGGUUUUUAUUACAGUGCAAUGAAUAAAUAUCUUCAAAUGCA